AGCGCGCAAUUUUCCUACCAUUCCGUUCGCUUGUUUGUAUCGUGCUUUCGGGGCCAGAUGGAGCCGGCUGAGUUGGAAUUUAUCGGUGAAAAUUCGUUAAUUAGUGUCAUACCCAACUUCAAUCAUGACGCGAUCUAUCUCAUAUCGGGCACGAUCGAGCCAUUUCGGGGUGGUACACCACUGUACGUUCCGCUGUGGCUGGGCAUCCACCUUCGGCAACAGCAAAAGUGUCGCAUCGUAGCACCGAACUGGAUGGACAUAGAUCUGCUAGAAGAUAUUAAAGAAACCGAGAAACGUGUCAGUGCAUUUACCAAAAUGCCCAGCUCCAACUAUAUGAUCGAAGCCAAACUGAUCCUUAGCACCGCUCCGGAGGACGUUCCCUCGUCUGAUGUCAUCAAAACCCUCAUCAAAGAUAUCUACGAUGUGCGUUGUGCUAAGCUGCGUACCACGGUGGAGAACUUCAUCAAGAGCGAAGGAUCACACACGGUAAAUUUGGAAAAUGUUACCGUGCUAGAGCUCCACACGAUACAGCCGUUGCUGCCGCAUGUGAUGGAUUUUUUGGGUCGAAUAGAACAAACCAAAAAGGUUGUUCGGUCGAUGAAUACCACCAGCCAAUCGUUCAGCUUAGGGAGCAGCAGUGGCUUUGGGACUUCAGGAGGAGGAUCAUCCAGGCUGUGGUGAGCCAUUUGCUUGUGGUGCAGUAAUGAUAGAAACACAUUUACCAAGGGUUAAGGAUUUAUUUUAGGCCGCGUAAGGUACAUGUAUUUAUUGUUUAGGAUUAUCCUAUUGUUCUUGGCAUUGGUGCAUUAAACGCUUCUUUCCGAUCAAUUGAAAACCACGUGUCCAAAUUCGUAGGCUGUCGUACGUGCCUCUCGGCAAAUCGUGUUUGACCGUUUCUCUUAUAACCUUCGGAACAGUGGAAUAGCGCCUAUUGAACUAUUUUCCGGUAAUAUCCAAUUCAUUACUUCCCUCUGCUUCGAUUUUAUAGUUUUCCAAACGUUGUUUGUUGUGAUUUCUUGCGUGAAGAAUCUUUAUGAAGUGCCCUUGAUUAUUUCGUUGUCUCAUUUAAUUGACUUCUACCUAUCCCUUUUAUGAAUCUGUCGAAAGUUGAAGUUCUAUUUAAAUCCUGCCCACAGCCUGAUUAAUUAGUUUAUCGUCUAAACGGGUAUCGUAUCGGAUCCCAUAUCAACUGUCCCACUAUAUGCUGGACUAAAUAUCUUGCCAAAGACCCCAAAAAUUGCAGGUUCUCGAGGUUUAAGAAUUAAAAGUAGAAUUAAGCAAGCAUCGGUGAAAUAAACCCAAAUUUGUAAUUAAGUUUAAGGUAAGGUUCCCAUUUUUUUAUUCCUAAAGAACGGCCUAGACGAUUCCCAUUUGUGUGAAGCAAAAAUUUCGAAAUUUUUACAAAAACCUGCAAGAAAAGUGCAUUAAUAUUGUUUAGAAAUGUGAGGUUUCUUUUGGGACACUCCCGCAAACAAAGGGGAUUUAAAAACGAUGUAAUUAUUGCUCUGAAUACAAAAAAUAACGAAAGGGA